AUGGCGCCAACCUCGACGAAGCCUCAAUUCCUUCGAUCUCUCCCGUCCACCUCGUCGCUCAAGCCGACAAAGGACAAGCCUCGAGUCUACAUCGUCCUCUAUCCACGCAGUGCCUCGUCGACGAAUUCUUCCUUUCGCAACGUCCUCAGCUGCGACUCCUACCAUUGGUCUAUCGUCGUCGGGCCCCAAACUGCGCGGCGCGCCGACAAGGGAAUUCGCUACCACGUCGCCCACCUCAACCACGACACACACAGGCACUUUUACGAGGAACAAGACAUCCCUUCAAACCCCAUUGCCCAAAGCGGUCUGGUUCGCGUUGCCGUCUGCAAGGUCACCGACGAAGAGCGCCUUCAUUCCAUCCUUCGAGAACUCCCGAUCCCUGGGGAAGACUCGGCGUUCAACUGUCUGACCUGGGUCCGUGAAGCAUUCUGCAAACUCCAUGAAGAUGGCAAGUCGGUGAAGAGUUAUCUCAGUGCAGACGAUUGGCAAGCCGUGGAGGCGUGCGCCCGCAAGUAUUGCAAGCGAAAGAGAGACGCGGGUAGGUUCCAGGAGGGCAACGGUCUUGCCAACAAUAAUGGCGGAAACGCUGCGUGGAGCGCGGAAAAAAUCAGCACCUUCAACUUCUGGGAGAAUCGCGAGACUACGCCGUAG